ACAACCCGCGCGACGCCGCCGCGGUGCAGGCUGGGAAGAGUGUCUUUGGCUUCUUCUGCGUGAGGGCAGGUAGGCAGCGCGUGCUGUGAGCCUCUCUCCCCCUCGGGAUGGCAGCUUUCCGCGAAUUCGGCCUGGCGCCCUGGCUGGUGGCCCAAGCGGAGCAGCUGGGCCUCAAGAGGCCUACUCCGGUGCAAGAAGCCUGCAUCCCUCCCGCUCUCCAAGGUCGCGACUGCAUGGGAUGUGCCAAGACAGGGAGUGGGAAGACAGCUGCGUUCGUGCUGCCGAUCUUGCAGAAACUCUCGGAAGAUCCUUAUGGUAUUUUUUGUUUGGUCCUGACGCCGACUAGAGAACUGGCUUACCAGAUAGCCGAACAGUUCCGUGUUCUCGGGAAGCCGUUGGGCUUAAAAGAUUGCAUCAUUGUUGGUGGAAUGGACAUGGUGGCCCAGGCCUUGGAGCUUUCUCGGAAGCCUCACAUUGUCAUCGCCACCCCCGGCCGGCUGGCCGAUCACCUCCGGAGUUCCACUACCUUCAGCCUUCAAAAGAUCACGUUUUUGGUGCUGGACGAAGCCGACCGCUUGCUGGAGCAGGGCUGCACGGACUUCACGCAGGACCUGGAGGUGAUCCUGGGUGCUGUGCCAGCCGCCAGGCAAACGCUCCUCUUCAGCGCCACCCUCACCGACACGUUGAACGAGCUCAAGCAAGUCGCCAUGAACAAGCCCUUCUUCUGGGAGUCUCCGUCGGAAGUGCGGACGGUGGAAGAACUCGACCAACGCUAUCUGCUGGUGCCGGAGAAGGUCAAGGACGCCUACCUCGUCCACCUGGUCCAGACGUUCCAGGACGAGCACGAAGACUGGUCCAUCAUCAUCUUCACCAACACCUGCAAGAACUGCCAGGUCCUGAACAUGAUGCUGAAGAGGUUCAACUUCCCCUCGGUGGCUCUGCACUCAAUGAUGAAGCAGAAACAACGCUUCGCGGCUCUGGCCAAGUUCAAAUCCAGCGUCUACAAGAUCCUCAUAGCGACCGAUGUGGCUGCCAGAGGACUUGACAUCCCCACGGUCCAAGUGGUCAUCAACCAGAACACUCCAGGGCUCCCCAAAAUCUACAUCCAUCGGGUAGGCCGGACUGCCCGUGCAGGUCGGCACGGCAUUGCCAUCACCCUGGUGACACAGUACGACAUUCAUCUGGUCCACGCGAUCGAGGAACAGAUCAAAAUGAAGCUCCAGGAGUUCUCCGUAGAAGAACGGUCCGUCCUGAACAUCCUCACCCAAGUGAACGUGGUGCGGCGAGAGUGUGAGAUUAGAUUAGAGGCCACCGAUUUUGACGAGAAGAAGGAAAUCAACAAGCGGAAGCAGAUGAUCCUAGAAGGAAAGGAUCCGGACCUGGAGGAGCAGCGGAAGGCUGAACUAGCCAAGAUCCGGAAGAAGAACGGCGAGUUCCGCAGCAGGGUCCAGCAGACUUUGAGGGAGAAGAAGCAGCUGCAGCUGCGGCGGAAGCUGCAGAAGAAAAUGCGGCGGCGGCGGCAGAAACAACAGCCGGUAGCGACUGAGUAGCAUCUUCCGGGCCUCCCAUCCCGGUGUCCUAGGGUUAGGGGCAACAGAUUGGACCGUGUGUCACCAUUUUUUAAUCGGAUGCUUGGAAGAGGAUGCUCCUACCCCUUUUCUCCAGCCAGAAAGGACAAUCUUGUGGAAACCCUCUGCCAUGGAGUCACAGCUGGAAGUCUUCCCGUGGAAGCGUUUGGGGCUUGGGAGUCUUCACGAGAACUGCUGGCCGGUGGGAAUAGAGAGGGACCCUGGAAUCGUCAGGAAAAGAGACUUGAAAACGGAACAGCGGCCGCCUGUCUUCAAACGCCAGACAUCUCUUUCUUUGCUUGCCUAGCCCAUCGGCUUGCUUGUCCCUGCUGCUAUCUCGAGUUUGCGCCGGGAAACCAGUUUGUUUUAAUUUGGCCUUUGACCAUUUUGUGGCAAGGCCCGGUGCCCACAGGGUCAAAAAAGAUUGGGGACCACUGGACUAAAAAACCACUGAAGGGGACGAGACCACCGGUCUGACUUGGGAUGAGAAAGCAAAAAGAAAAGCAUCUCACUGAGAAUAAAUAGAGUAUGAAUAUAACGGUA